GAAAAAAUAAAGAAGAGAGAGAAAGUUGAGUUCAUUGUCAGCCAUUUAUGAUGUUCCUGAUUCAGAUUGUUCCACUGAGCAAGGCAAUAGGCACUAAAUAAAGCUCUCAAAGAAAGGAGGAAGGGGUUGUAGCCUAAAGGAAAAGUAAAAUGGAUGGUUUGCCUUCUGGGUACCGCCCUAAUGUUGGUGUCUGUCUAAUCAACUCUAAUGGCCAGGUCUUUGUGGCCUCUAAAUUGAAUGUUCCAGGAGCCUGGCAAAUGCCUCAGGGAAGUAUUGAGGAUGACGAAGAGCCCAUGACUGCUGCAAUCAGGGAAGUACGCGCAGAAACCGGGAUAACAACUGCAGAAAUCGUUACUGAGGUUCCUAAAUGGCUGACUUAUGACUUCCCUCCUGCUGUGAAAGCCAAAGUAAAUCGCCUUUGGGGUGGAGAAUGGCACGGGCAAGCACAAAAAUGGUUCCUUGUGAGAUUAAUGAAAGACAACGACAAGAUCAACCUAGUCAAUGAGGAAGCAGAUUCAGAAUUCUCUGAGUGGAAAUGGGCAAGCCCUGAAGAAGUUAUUGAGCUGGCAGUGGACUACAAAAGGCCCUUAUACGAGGAAGUGAUGAAGACCUUCAAGCCAUACUUGAAUGAGAAUGGAAUGGCUGCAAAAUGUAAAUCUUCAAAAUGGUGAAAGUGAAAAGGAGAAAGGCAAGAAGAAGAAAUGAAAGUAUGGUGGUGGCAGUGGAUGUUGGUAAUUCUAGUAGUAGAAAUGUGAGAGUAAUUGAAGGUCGAUAAGAGGACAAUGUAAUUUGGUGUACAUGAUGGUGGGGCUGCUGAGCAGGUACAGUUCCUAGAGGUAUUAGGAUUGCUUUGCCUGAGAUUGUAAUAAAAAUCUUACCUUUUUCGAAGUCCCCAAAAAGAGAGGGAAAAGAAGAAGGAAGCGAAGGGUUUGUGUGUAUGCUGCUGCUGCCUGCUAAAACACAUGGUUCGAGUGAAGUUGAUGAUGUAUGCAGGUAAUUGUAAUUUUUUUCUUCUCAGGGAUCCGCUGAAGCUGACUACAGGGUUAAGGCAGUCUUGCAACGUUUGAAGAUGUAAUAUUUAAAGAGAUCUCUAGAAAAUUUAUACAUUAAUUAAUAGGGAUGGGCUAGUGGGGUAAGUGGGUGAUUGAUUGAUGUGGGUAAAUCGUAAGUCUAUUCAAAAUAAUUUGUAUAUAAAACUUAUAUUAACCG